UUUGCAACCAGCUAUGCUUGUUUAUCACUGUUUAUUUAUCUUCCUAGAGACAAUCAAGAUGGUAUGCAGUUUUGUUUUCGAAAGGCAAAUGCGCUAUUGUGUGCGUAUCUGCUCGCGGAUACAAUUUUCAGGUGUCAAAAUGUGCCGCGUAACUUCUGGUUCAUGAUGAUGCACCACGCAGUGGGUCUACUGAUAGGCCAGUCCUCGAUGUACGAUAAUAACUGGCCCAUUCCCAAACUGGUAUUCCUGGCUAUGGAAACAGCCAACCCCUACAUCAAUGUGCGAUUCAUGAUUCUCGCAUUGGGAAUCUCCAAACAAUCAAUUGUCUACAAAGCAGUCUCGACUGGCAUGUUCAUAACAUUCUUCUGCAGCCGCAUUAUCCCCUUACCCUGGAUGCUCUACUGGCAACUGGACCUCAUAGCCCACGACCCAAAAUCACAGACUGGGUUUCAUGUCGCCACAACUACCUUGUACUUCGCAAUAAGUUGCAUGAACUUAUUUUGGUUUCAUAAAAUGAUUGUCGGCAUGUAUGCGCUAAUAAGAAACAAAGAUCACAGCGAUUUGUGA